CUCGGUGCUAAUACGUCGGUAUGCCUCACGUUCGCUGAUUGACCACCCGGAUCAGGUGUGGAGGUAGCCGUUAGCACCUAGCAGUUUAGCAUUUUGUAAAAUAGCAUUUUUUUUUCAAAUGCCAGUCGCGUAAUUUAUGUAACGUCAGACCCUAGUUUACUCAUGACGCAAUGACCGUGACAGUGAUAGAGUGACUUCUCGCAGCUAAAACAAGCUAGCUCGGCUAGCCAAGUUAGCUCGGCGGUCAAGCAACUUCGGGUCUCAAGCGAAAAGCCGAGAGCUCGACGAAAUUAGACCGUGACUGCGUCUUCAGCGGCUAGUUUCUUAACUUUUUUAUCAACUUGUCGUGUGUGGCGUUACUUUAAAAUGGCUUUGGUAGCGGCGCUAAGAAGACUGGCUCAUGCUAGGUUACGAGACUAUUCGUGGAGGACGGCGGCGGUGACUUCGGGUGCUUGGCUGACGGCUCAGAGGAGUUUCACCACCGGCACACAGUCUCUGAGGUCAGACAACAAGGUGACGGUCCACUUCAUCAACAGAGACGGGGAGAAGAUCACAGUGAAGGGCUCGCCCGGAGACUCACUGCUAGAUAUUGUCAUUAAUGAAGACCUCGACUUUGACGGUUUUGGAGCGUGUGAGGGAACCCUGGCGUGCUCCACAUGCCAUCUGAUCUUUGACGAGGAGGUCUACAAAAAUCUGGGGCCCGUCACAGACGAGGAGAUGGACAUGCUAGACUUGGCCUACGGCUUGACUGACACAUCUCGACUGGGUUGCCAGAUCUGCCUGACGAAGUCUCUGGAGGGCAUGGUGGCCAGGGUUCCAGAGAGCGUAGCGGACAUCCGACAGAGCAAAGACGGAUCGUCCUAACCUGCGGAUGGGAAAUGUGGUGUGGUUGUGCCCGGUCAGAACUGAGGGUAUGUGCACAGGGAAGACGGGGGGUGUAAAUCUGUCCGCGCUGCUGUAUCUGCUGGACUGUCUGUUCCUUUGUCCGUAAAAGCAAAACCUCCAAGUCACAGACGACUAGACAAGACUUUAAGAGUCAAACUGUAAAAUCCCUAACCAUUCGAGAACAUCGCUGCCUUCGCGGUAUUAUGACAGAAACUCUAAGCUGAGACAAACAGCCUGGUGUAAGAUUUCCCCAUUGAACAUCGGUUUGCAGGAAGGUCGUCAUUUAUCAACCCGCUGACUCAAACGUGUUGCUAAACACCUCUCGUUUUUUGUCUGUGACUUUGAUCAUCCCGCAAAGUGCAUUUUUCUCCUCUUGCGAAUAUGACUGAAUUUCUGUUUUGAGCGUAAAUUCAGUCACAUUCACUGACCAAGGCAGACAGCUGACUGCAGCCAGUGACCGACGCGUUUGUGGACAAAUUCAACUAACAGUUCUCGACGCCUUAGAGGUUGGGCUGAUGUCGACACCCCCGUUAUUUUAUUUUAUUCAACACAUAUGUAAACCCCUACUGUAGUUGAUCAGAUCCAUCAUAUAACGAUUUAAUCCCAUCAUGUGAUUGUACAUAGCUAGAACGCGCACAUAUAUAUCCAUGUAUAGAGGGAAAAAUAAUGUAAUAAAAAAAAGAAUCACCUUUCUAA